CAUAAUGUUUUCCUUUGUCUUAUGCUUUCUUGUUUAUUACGUGUUCUCUCUGUAGCUGUAUCUUCCAGGCUUGCUGGAAAUGAAACUGAUAGAUUAUCCCUUCUCAGCAUCAAAGCACAAAUAGCAUAUGAUCCUUUUGGUGUUACCAAUUCUUGGAAUGAUUCCUUUCAUCAUUGCAGCUGGCAAGGCGUUACAUGUAGCGCCCGACAUCAAAGGGUGACCGUGCUGGAUUUAAGCUCCAAGCAGGUUGUAGGAACAUUAGUUCCUCAGAUAGGGAAUAUGAGUUUUCUUAGAGAACUAAUUCUUCGAAAUAACACCUUCAACGGUGAGAUACCACAGGAAAUUGGAAGGCUAUUCAGGUUGCAGAACUUAAGCCUCAAGGAUAACUCAUUUACUGGUGAAAUUCCAGUUGAACUAUCAAAUUGCUCUAGGCUUAUAUAUCUUGAUUUGGAUGGUAAUGCAUUGACUGGGAAAAUCCACGCGUGGAGCUUGGUUUGUCUUUGAGAAAUCUUGAGGUACUUUUUCUUAGAUCAAACAAUUUAACAGGUGAGCUGCCUUAUUCUUUGGGUAAUCUUUCAUCCCUUAUUGCCUUAGCAGCACCAGAGAAUAGGUUAGAAGGAUGUAUACCGUAUUCGUUCGGCCAAUUGACUAACUUGAGCUAUAUCUCCCUUGGUGAUAACAUGCUUUCUGGUGCUAUUCCCCUUUCAGUGUUUAACUUAUCCUCUCUUUAUCAUCUUGCUGCUCCAGUUAACCAACUUAAAGGAACUCUUCCCAUAGAUAUUGGAUUCACUCUUCCGAGUCUUCGAUUACUUUAUUUGUUCUCAAACUUAUUGAGUGGGGUGCUUCCAAGUUCCAUUGCCAAUUUAACCAAUCUUGAAAUUAUCUCAUUAUCAAGAAACCAGAUGUCUGGGAAAAUCCCUUCUCUUGAAAAUCUCCAUAAUCUUCGGGGACUAGGAAUGCAUUUCAAUAAUCUUGGAACCGGAAGAGAAGACGACAUGGAUUUCUUUUCUUCCUUGGCUAACAUUACCAGAUUUAAAGAACUGAGUUUGAGUGUGAAUAAUAUAGGAGGCCAGUUGCCUAAGAAUAUUGGCAACUUCUCAACCAAUUUUAGGUCUAUCGGUUUUGCUAGGAACAAACUAUUCGGACGAAUACCUGAUGGAUUUGUAAAUCUCAGCAACAUGGAAAUAGUAAGUUUGGAGUAUAACCAAUUGACAGGGGAAAUUCCAGCUAGUCUUGGUAAACUUCAAAAGCUCAAGUAUUUCUAUGUUAAAGCAAACAAGCUUUCUGGGGAAAUCCCUUAUUCCGUUGGAAAUUUAACAUCCUUGUAUGGACUUAAUCUAGCUCAAAAUAACAUAGAAGGGACUAUUCCUUCUGUUCUUGGAAAUUGCCAGUUGUUGCAAAUGUUGUAUCUUUCGCGUAACAGACUCAGUGGCACAAUACCGAAAGAGGUUCUUAGUAUUUCAGCCUUGUCGAUCCAACUAGACCUCUCUGGAAACCAAUUAAGUGGCUCUCUUCCACUUGAAGUAGGAAGUUUAAUCAAUCUCGGGUAUCUUGAUAUCUCCGAUAACAAGUUAUCCGGAAAACUUCCCAACACUUUAGGCAAUUGCAUCAAGUUGGAAAACCUCUAUAUUCAGGGUAAUCUGUUUGAAGGUGUGAUCCCACAAUCUGUAAGUUCCUUGAGAGGGCUGUCAUAUUUGGACUUCUCGCGUAAUAAUUUCACUGGUUUUAUUCCAAAUUUCUUUGAAACUUUCACAUCAUUGAAAAGUUUAAACCUGUCAUUUAACAAUUUUGAGGGCGAAGUACCUAAAGGAGGAGUUUUUAGUAACGCAAGUGCGGCAAUAAUCAGUGGAAACAGAAAUCUAUGUGGAGGUUCUUCCAUGCUAAAGCUACCACUAUGUAAGGUUCCAAUGCCGAAAAAGGGAAGAUUGUCAUCAACCCUGAAGAUAAUUAUUUCUGUUGCCAGUGGAUUAUUUGGAAUAACACUUGUUUUGGUACUUCUAAUUUUGUGUUUCUUACGGAGGAAACGUAGUCCUUCACCUGAUUUAACAGAUGAUUCGUUCUUGAAAAUCUCCUAUGGGGAACUGCUGAAAGCAACUAAUGGAUUCUCUUCAGAAAAUUUAAUAGGUAAGGGUGGUUUUGGUUCUGUAUACAAGGGAAUUUUUAGUCCAGAUGAAAAAACUAUGGCGAUCAAAGUACUCGAUUUGCAGCAUAGAGGAGCUUUGAAGAGCUUCAAGGCUGAAUGUGAAGUCCUUAAAAACCUCAGGCAUAGAAAUCUUGUCAAGUUAAUAACUGCAUGUUCAGGUACUGACUUUCAGGGCAAUGAUUUUAAGGCCCUGAUUUAUGAGUUCAUGGUCAAUGGUAGCCUGGACGAGUGGCUGCAUUCGUUUACCAAUGAUGGUAGUCAGCACGUUCGAUAUCUUGAUCUGUAUCAGAGAAUAAACAUUGCAAUGGAUGUUGCUUUCACACUCGAGUAUCUUCAUCAUGGAAGCCAAAUACCAGUUGUUCAUUGUGAUUUGAAGCCAAGCAAUGUCCUUCUAGACGAGGACAUGACUGCCCGUCUGGGCGAUUUUGGUUUGUCAAGAUUCCUCCAAGAAACAGUUCAAAGAGAAACUAGAACUAUUGGUAUUAAAGGAUCAGUUGGCUAUGCAGCUCCAGAAUAUGGAAUAGGAAGUGAAGUAUCAACUAAUGGUGACAUAUACAGCUAUGGCAUUAUGAUACUGGAGAUGUUAACAGGGAAAAAGCCGACAGAUGACGCCUUUUCAAAUGGAUUGAACCUUCACAACUAUGUUAAAAUGGCUUUCUCUACUGGUAGAGUCAUGGAAAUUGUUGAUCCAUUGCUAUGCCACAAUUUGCAAGAAGAGGAGACCUCCAACAGUACUAUUGCUCAAAGGAAAACCAAAGAUUACAUUAAAGAAUGUUUAAUUUCUAUGUGUAAAAUUGGGAUUUCUUGCACUAUGGAAUCACCAAAAGAAAGAUUGGGAAUCAGUGAUGUUGUUAAAGAGUUGCAGUUAGUCAAAGAAGCUUUGUGUAAAUGUGAUAGGGUAUUAUGAUAAUAGAAGUGCAGUUCAUUUGAGGUAUAUGUAAAUGUAUUCAAGCUAUUUUUGAGCAUUUUAUUGGUAAAGAUU